CCUCGUCACACGUGCUGUCUCUCUCCCCCCGACGACCUAUGUGAGAAAAUUUAGAAAUUGAGGCAUUUAGCUGUCAUUGAGCUGUAGGCAACAAAGAACACAAUAUCAUGGGAAAAGUGAGACGCGUUCGACAGAAGUACCACUCCAGCCUUUCCAAGAAUACCCAAAAUGCAACAGGAAAUGACGACACGGGCACAGAUGUUCCAAAGCUGGUUCCCAUCGCGAAGAAAAAAACAGAUCAGACUGGAAAAUCGAGUGGGAACAUAUUUGCCGGCUUAGAGAUCAACUUAGGGGGAGCCAAAAAGACCGCAACUAACAAAGAUGAGGUGAUGGACACCACGGCCUCAGAUUCUGCAGACCAAAGGAACAAAGGCAAGAGGAUCAAGAAGGGGAGGAUAAAACAGCGUCAUCAGGACCUAUUCUCUUCCUCUCUACUUCAGCUGUAG